GCAAACGAAUGUCAGUAACGAUUCAAGCCUAGCCUUAUAAACACGUACUUAACACGGAGAUAAACAACGCAACCGAUUAUAUACAUGUUGACAUGUAGCCACCAAAACAUUCUAAAAAAAAAAAAAAUUGUUUCAAUUUAAUCUCGCAUCCACACGGAAUCCGUUUUAUAAUUUUCAAUAAAUAAAAUUAAAAUUAUUUUCGGUGUAGUGUUUGUGUGGCAUGGGUGUAGUAAAAUUUCUUCCAAAAAAUUUGUCUACCAAAAAUAAGUGAAAAAAAAGUUGUAUGUGUGGCUGUGUGUUUCGUGUUCGGUUUGUAUCCGUGGCCCAGUUAACAAAUUUUUCGAUUCGGAAAAGAGAGAAAAGAGUACAAAAAAAAAAAAAAAACGUCUCGCCACCCUCGAGUAUAGCACACGUGUAUUGCAAUGGAGAGCUAACACCUAUAUAUUAAAUAAAAAGAACAACAAAAAAUUGUAAUCGAAGAGUUGCGAUUGGCCAUCGAUGACAUUGUCGAUUUUUGAUGUAUAUCAAAACGGCAACAAAUGCACAAACAAAAUUAAGCAAACAUCUGACUCUUGCAACAAAUUUCGGAAACACGCGAUUUUUUUUUGCACAAUCGGAGUGUGUAUGUAUAUAGUGUUUAUUGCGGGGCAAAUUGUGUUUAUGAGUAAAUAAGUGCAAAUACUUAUACAAAAAUAUUUAUAGUGGGCACGGCGCGCUAGUCUAUUGUUGUACAAUCUGUAGCGUAAAGUAUGUGUUUUGACUAAGACUGACGUCAAAAUAAGAAGAAGGACAAAAUAUAACGAAACGGAAAUAACGGAGGAAAAUCACCUGAUUUGCAGUAUUGUUUUUUCUUCUCUUGAAAUUUACAUUUGAUUUGUAUGGAUAUUUGGGAUUCACUACUUGACAUUUGACAAUUUGAAUCGGUUGGCGCAUAUAUCGAUUAGUUUGCGUUUUUAAUCCAAGUUAACCACUCCAAUACAAGCUGAAUUAAAUUAGCGACACACAAGAACUAGCUAAAAAAGGAAGUGGCCAUUCAAACGGUUUUAGCUUUGGUCGAUUAAUACCGUUGAAAAAAAAAACCAAAUUACAAACAUGGCUAUUGGCAACAUUACGUCCACAAAUUCAUCGCAACAGUUGAUGAAUGCGGACACGGAAAGUAUAAAUGCAUUGGGUAGUGUAAUGUCCUCAAUCGAUGGUGACGAUGUCAACGGUGAUGAUUCAAAACGCCCAAAUUCACGGAAUUCACACCAAUACAACGGGUUGUCUUCAAUAACAUAUAGCGAAUGGUUUUGCGUUGGAGUAUUAUGCUUUGUGAAUCUUAUCAAUUACAUGGAUCGAUUUACAAUAGCCGGUGUUCUGACGGACAUACAGGAUGAGUAUAAAAUGAAUGACGAGCAAUCGGGUCUUUUACAAACCACAUUCGUCCUAUCAUACAUGAUAUUUGCGCCGGCGUUUGGAUAUUUAGGCGAUCGAUAUUCACGACGAUGGAAUAUGAUCGCGGGUGUUGCACUGUGGAGUGCGACCACAUUGAUUGGAUCAUAUAUGGGAUCAUACACAACAUUCACGAUAUUCCGUGCAUUGGUCGGAAUUGGUGAGGCUUCCUACAGUACAAUUGCUCCCACUAUCAUUUCCGAUUUGUUCAUCAAUGACAUCCGCUCAAAAAUGCUAGCACUUUUCUAUUUUGCCAUACCGGUUGGCUCUGGCUGUGGGUAUAUUAUUGGUUCAAAGACCGCUGCUUUAAUGGGUAGCUGGAGAUGGGCUUUGCGUGUCACACCAAUUUUAGGUAUAAUCGCCGUAGUUUUAAUUUAUUUCACUAAGGAGCCCGAACGUGGCCAACAUGAAGGCAGCCAUACAGGAAGCACAUCCUACAAAGAAGACUUGAAAGAUCUAUCAAAGAAUCGAUCGUUUAUGUUGUCUACACUGGGUUUCACGUGCGUUGCAUUUGUAACAGGUGCCUUAGCUUGGUGGGGUCCUAACUUCAUGUUGAAAGGCCUGAAAUUGCAAUAUGGAAAUGAGGACAUGAAAUUGGACGAUGUAUCGUACAAAUUUGGAAUAGUGGCAAUGUUGUCAGGGCUGAUUGGCGUUCCGUUCGGUUCAUAUUUGGCCCAGCAAUUUCGCAAGAUCAAUCACAGUAGCGAUCCACUAAUAUGCGCUUGGGGAUUAUUCAUAUCAGGACCAUUGGUCUAUGUAGCCCUGUUAAUAGCUCGCUACAGCAACGGUUGGUGUUUUUUCGUCAUUUUCUUAGCAGAAGUAGCGCUCAACUUAUGUUGGUCCAUUGUUGCUGAUAUACUGUUGUAUGUUGUGUUGCCAAACCGGCGAUCAACAGCAGAAGCCUUCCAAAUCCUCAUAUCACAUGCCUUCGGUGACGCGGGUAGCCCAUAUCUUAUUGGUGUGAUUUCCGAAACGUUAAAGAGAGCGUUGCGAAAUGGAGCUGAUGUGUCCAGUGGUCUUUACCAUCAAGGAAACUUGACUGAUGCUCACGCGUUGGCACACACAGCUCCGCAACCAGAGAACAAAGAUUUAGUGGAGUUCCGGUCGUUGCAAUAUGCAUUGUUUGUUACCUGUUUUAUAGAAAUACUUGGUGGUGUAUUUUUCCUGAUAUCUUCGAUGUACAUAUUAGGUGAUAAGAAGAAAGUUGAGGAGGCGAUUUCCGGUAGUCAAAUUCACGAAGGGACCUCUACUCAGCCAACAUCACAUGACCAACCCAAUGGCGAAUGUCGUUAUAACCCAGCGAUCGAAAAUUUCAGUGAUUAAAGAGAUUAGGCAAUGGUUUUGUAGAGCAGAAGGAGAAAACCUGAGUUUUUAAUUAUAAUUAUAAAUGAACGAAAACAAAAUGAACGAAAACAAAGACAAGAACUAGCAACAAGUAAAAGAAAAAUUCUUUCAAAACAAGCCUCAUUUAAGUAAUCAUUUCGCAAUAAUUGUGUGCCGCUUCUCGAAACCAGAGCAUGAAAUGUGUUUAAGCAAAGUCAUGAUUUUCACUACAUUAUUUUCAUUCUUUUUUGGCAUGCAGAAUAUUUUUGUUCGUAGUUUCCAUUUUCAUUCAUUUCUCAUGAAUCAACUACUAUUACCUUUUUUUUUUAAAUUAAAAAGAAAUUUAAAUUGUAUUUAUAGCUUUUGGUUAUUCGUAAGAGAAAAAAAACUAUGCAAAUGGCUGAAAUAAAACUGAACAAUGUGAAGUAAA